AUGCCAAAGGACAGAAGUGACGUGGAAGGCCCCCGUCUGCCUUGGCGGCGUUUCCCAGCUCCAGUGCCAAGUACACCCAUCUUUCGCACGGUGAAAUACGAAGUGCAGGACGGCGUGGCUAUCAUCACGAGGAAUCGGCCUGAUGUUCUGAAUGCGGUCAACUUCCAGGUGCACUGUGACAUGAUUGCUGCCUUCGAGGAGGCAGAAAACGAUGAGAGGGUGCUUUGCGCAGUUCUGAUUGGAGCUGGGCGCUACUUCUGCUCUGGGGCAGACGUGACUGGCAAGCAGGCCAAGUAUGACAUUGAUGACCCUCCGCGGGUACAGCAGAUCAAAGCCGUCCUCUCCAAGUAUGAUCCCUAUGAUGCGAACACGUGGUCAGACGUGAACAUGUAUGAUGCCUGGAUCAAUUUCUCAAAGCCUUUGGUGAUGGCGGUAAAUGGACCCGCUAUCGGCGAAGGAUUUACGACGUUGAUGCUUGGCGACAUCAUUUACUCGGCAGCUUCGGCCUUUUUCUGGACGCCUUUUGCACGAUUUGGAGUAGUACCGGAGAUCACUUCCUCCAUCACCCUCGCGCAGCGAGUUGGACCUGCUGUAGCAUCUGAGAUGGUACUCUUCUCCAAGAAGAAGACCCCCGAGGACGUAUCAUCGUCUUUCUGA